CCCUUCCUCAGCCGUGUUCUGAAUCAGCAGUAAUGAAAUUUUCCAGCAAUCCCUACAUGAAAGCGAGAGGAAGGGGUGAUUAGGGAUUUCCGGUCCGUGACCUCGCCCUGGAGUGAGACAGUCAACGCAUUGGCUCUGACAUUCUUUCUAUGAAGCAGUGCAGUGACAGCUGAAGUUGCUUUCCAGAAGUCAUCAUCUGACAGCAUCCAACACCUUGGCUUUCCUUAGCACAGGAGACAAAUCACUUUGAAUUUCCUAAUUUUCUGAGUUUUCCAAGCUGGUGGCAAUGGCAACUUAUUUUGGAGUUACCUCAGCAGUGGUUUUCAUCUGGGUUAUGACAUUCCUGGCUCAAAAUUACUUUGUAACAGGUUCCAUUCAUUCAUCUUGCAGGAUCAAGGGUAUAGGAAUUUAUCUUGAUCAGAAAGCUAAUUUCUCAGAAGCAAGUAAUGGAUGUAAUCAGCUCAGUCUACAGCUGGCAAGUAAACAGCAAGUUGAAGAGGCUCUGAAGCACGGCUUUGAAACAUGCAACUUUGGAUGGGUGAAAGAGGGAUUCGUUGUUAUUCCUCGGAUAACAUCCAACCAGAAAUGUGGUCGGGGAAAAACUGGAAUAGUGCAAUGGAAUGCUGGCAAGGAGAAAACAUUUAAUCUCUACUGCUUCAAUUCCUCAGAUGUCCAGAUUAAUUCAUGUCAACCAGACCCAACUACAACCACAUUUCUUUCAUCGAGUGCAUCAAGGGACCUAACUGCAUAUUCAGCCCCUGAUUUGGCUGAGAACAUCACAGCAGUGACAGUGACUGAGUCAGAAAAAUUCCUGAGAAACAGAUUUCGUGUCAUAUGCGUGACUGAAACAAUCUUACCGACAGAGGGGCCUACCACACAAAUGCCAGAGGAGCACUCACCCACUGACUCUCCCAAACACACUCCCCAUCUGGCCUUUAAGAAUGAUGCUGUUGUUUUUGGAGGUAUCCCCACUGCACUUCUUGUACUGGCAAUCAUCUUCUUCAUUAUUUCAGUUGUUCUAGCAGUCUGCUAUAUCAAAAGGUACAAGAAAACCUUACCAUUUUUAAACAAGAAUCAGCAAAAAGAAACAGUUGUAACUACUGCUCUCAAAGAGACAAAAUCAAAUGACCAGACACCUGAGAAGGAAACACAGAAUAAUGGAAAUAAGGUAGAAGAGUGUAAAACUAAGCCUGAGGCCACAGUAAAAUGUCUAGAAGCAGAAGUUUAAAGGGAAGAAUGUACAGUUGUUGAUGGAAGUAUAAAAUGAAGCACUCAGAACUUAGCAAUGCUUUUAAACAUAAGUGAUUGUAAAUACUCAUAUUUUCUCUAUCUUUAACAUAUGAGAGUUGUUUUUUAAUAAUUACAUCUCUGACAACAAGUAUUCUUGCAGAAGAACAUGCUAUCUUAUUUACUUGAAAUAAAUUUUACAAAUCCAUAUUACAGCUCAUUUUUCAUCUUUAAUAAAGAAGCAAUUAGGAAUAUGCUAUUAAUGACGUGCACUACAUUAACUAUUUGCUUGGAAUUCAGAUCAAUAUAUAAUGAAAAGGUUUUUAUAUCUGGCUGGAGGAUGUCUGAUAGCCUAAUGCCUAAAAUGAAAUGCUGACACUGUAGUUCUUCCUCAUGUAGAUUAGCUUAUUUCCAUUCAGUAGUUGCAUGCUGUUUUUAAAAAUAUCUCUUUACAAACAGAAAAACCAGUUCUGUUUACAAGGGAGUGAAAACUCAAAGACCCACUGUCAUUCAAAUGCCCGGGGAAGGGUACAAAGACGCUGAUGUUUAUACAGAUAUAUAUAUAUAUAUAUAUAUAUAUAUAUAUUUACAGCAAUGAAUAACUUUCUUAGAUACCUUCAUUACAUCAUAAUUUACUGCUUUAUUUAUUAAAACCAUUAUCAUUCUUCCACAUCACAUACUUGACAGAGGGGGGAAAAAACAAACCUUGAACUGUAUCUCAACACUUACAUUGGAGAUCUUUUGUGUGUCUUUAAGUGUGGCUUUCAUAAUAAAGGUCUCAGGUGGCAUGGGAUGUCUACAGUACUCCCUAAAAAAUAAA